AUGGCGGCGAGGCUGGUGCAGCCGCACGCGCCGACCGACGCCGAGCAAAUGCAGGACUACCUCAUCAAUUGGAACGCCGGCCCACUGGGCGUGGUGCUGCGUCCCGAUCUGGGCGCCGACAUGCCCCCCGUCGUGGCGCAAAUGCUGCCUCAGCCUUCUGUGCUUAAGAUGGCGGGCGUGCGGGAAGGAGAUCUGCUCAUCAGCGUCAACGGCAAGAAGACCACGCGACUGGGAUACGAGAAGGUGGUGCGACUGCUCUUCAAGGAGCGCCUCCCCAUGGUCCUGCACUUCCGCUCGCCUCUGCAAGUGCCCGAGAUGCAGCGCGGUGUCUCUGGGGCCAUCGCUGAGGAGCCCUCUUCGGGCCGUGGAGGGCGCUCACGCACCAGCAGCUCAGCUCGACCGAGUCAGCAGCCUAAAAGCCGCUCAAGAGGCCGCUCAGACGUGGACACUCAUGCGCUGAUUGAGCAGAAACGCAACCCGAACGAACAGAACUUCAGUAUUGACAGCGACGUGUCUACCAAGUCGGAGAAGAAGAAGAGUAAGCGAAAACACAAGCACAAAAGUGGAGCCAAGGCCGAGGCCGAGGAGAGACGUCUCAGGAAGCAGUACAGUGUUGUGUGGGAGCGAGGCUCGCUUGGGAUUUCCUUCCGAGCUUACAACUCCAAGGUGAACGUCCCGUGUGUGGACUUUAUCAGUGCCAGUAGAGGACUGGGGCGUGGUAUGGAUCGAGUGUGUGUCAACGACGUGCUCAUUGCCAUCAACGGAGAGAAGACCAAGGCUCUUGGUGUCGAGAAGGUAUUGAGAUGGCUACAUGUCAUUGAGAAACCCGUGGUGCUGAGGUUCCACGCGUCCUCGAACCGCAUUUUGAACCCAGCGGGAGGUUUAUUGCCACAACUGGCAGAUGAAGACGCGGAGAGACCGAGACGACCCACGAUGCCGCUGCCAUUGCCUCAGCCUGAGUACGAGCCGCCUCCACGACCUCCACGUCGUAAUAACAGCGUGGAUCAACCACAGCAGAGGAUGGAGAGAGGAUAUUCAGACGACAGGGAGUAUGAACUGCAGCCGGCUGUGGCACCGCGACGAUACUCGCGAGACAGUGCUACGUACUUUGAGAAGCAGCCGAUCGAGGACUAUGACACGCAGUACCAGUUCGGAGCGUCCAAGAGUGAAGUGAAGGAGCGUCGCUACUCUAAGAACUCGAUGAAUGCGUACGCACAAGAUCAUGACGAGGACGGCGUGGCUGGAGAUUUCCGUCGUGAGCCAAAGGAUGAUCGUCAGCAGUCUGAGGAUCGCUAUAAUCAGUCACAACUGCCUCCUCCUGUGAGAAUUCGGACUAGUUCUGCGUCACGAGACGACAUUCGACGUCUGCAGCAGUCAGAGACCAAACCUGCACUGCCACUUACAACUGAUGCUGCUGCGCGACCGCGAUUGGCGUCUCGUGACAGCCAAGUCAGCAAUUCAUCCCACUUGAGUUUUGAGGAAGCUACUGGUGUUGUCGCUCGUGCAGCAGGGAAACCCAAGGAGGAGUGCGAGUUUGGAGGAGUGCCACUGCUGGAUAUCAAGGAAGGAACGGUGCAGGCCAAGCUCAUGUACAUCUACGCCAAGGCGUGUCUAGCUAAGGAGGGCAGCUCGGAUGACGAACCUGCUUCCAAGGACCCCCAGCCGCCUCGAACCCCCGGUAACCCGCUCGGUCGCAAGACGCACUCGAACUAUCUGUCGUAUACUAUUCUACAGGACGACACUGUGGCUGCUAACCAUAUUCCCAGCCAGAGGGAUGAUGUCAGAGACGAUAACAAGAUCGAGCACGAGGAGUACAAGGCCCAAAUGGCCAACGACGUGAAUAACCUCCAUGAACUCAAGCGCAGUGGCAUCUUCAGCGACAAUUUGGAUGAGAGUUUCGCUAAGAUGCAGAAGGACAUUUCUAUCCAGCAGCCACCACCGGUAGUAACCCCGCCACUGUCUUCUGCGGGGCCUUCUUCCUCGGUCAGUAGUGACGCGACCCCGACUGUGGCGCCUACCCCAGCACCUGUGACUCCUGCUGAAGACUUUAUAUCGCUCAAGGACUUCGUUGUGAAGGGCGAUGGUAUUUUGACGGAACGUCCCACGACGUCGAGCUUGAAUAGUACGGCGACACCGGUGCAGUCAACGGAUGGCGGUGAGACUGACAAGAUGGAGGAGAAGCAAGAGCAAGAUAGGCGGUCAACUGUUGCCAAGGCAGAAGAAACUGCUGCUGAGGCUAGCAGUGAGAUGAUGUUGGAGGAGCUCAAGUCGUCAGAGUCGAAGGAGACUAGUAGUGACCUUGUGUUGGGCGACCUGAAAUCGACCGAACCGAAGGAGGCUAGUGGUCAAGAUACUGAAGAAGUAGAGGCUGGAACGGAUGCAGUCGAGCAGGAGGAGGCAUCUGCUGAAGAACCGGCCAAGAUUGCUGAGCUCGAAGAAGAGCACGCUGACGAGACACUACAUGAAGAUGACGAUGUUGCUAGCGUUGAUAGUUCUAAUGAACGAGACCUGGCGGCCAGUGUGGCGUCACUGGACGAUCUGCUUGAUCUUAAGGAUGGCAACCACGACGACGAAGAGCACGAGGAGUUUGUCGACGAUGAUGACGAUGAGCAAGAGAACGAGAAGAACCACGCAGAAGAAAAAGAGUCGAUGAAUACGUCACUGGGCAUGAAAUUGGAUCAGGUGCAAGAAGAGGAGACUGACGAGCACAACAUCCAUGAGCAGAAUGAUAAGGAAGACGUCCAUAAGAAGCACGAAGCCCACGAUGACGAACUAGAGUAUGAGGACGGAGCCUUAUCCAAUCCGCUGGUGAACGAGCUGUUCCGUAACAUCCCGGAUGUGCGCCAAGUGAUUAAGGACAAACCCGCCCUUGUGGUGCUGGUGAAGAAGACUAUGAUCGACGAGAUCCAGGAAAUUCUCCAGAGCUUGCAGAUGGAGCUGCAGUUUGAGCGUCACUCUACCAUGGCUGUUGGUUCUACUGCCAGCCCGUUGGGGGACUCGCAGCAAGGCCGGAAUACUGAGGGCGAGCACUGCUACCGUUGUGGCGCGACUGGUGAACUUGCAGAGCUUGAUGUUGCAGGAGGGAAGCGUGAGCUGUACUGCCAAGAGUGCUGGGAGCUCUUUUUCUUCAGUGAGGACCGCCGAUCCCCAGUAACCAGAACCAGCAAGACCCUGGCGCCGUCGGAGGUUGGACGACUCACUGCGGACGAAGAUGCACUGGAUGAAGCGCUCAAGUACAGCUUUCACGACAGCGCAGUAACUCGUGAGGAUAUGAUCCACCCGUGGCGGUAUCUGCAGGGCAGCGACUCCAUUUCGUCCUCUAUCCGUGACUCGAACGAUUCGAGUAUCACCGACCGCACCGAUGAGGUGUGGCUGUAA